AUGCUAGCUCGCCAGUGUUUACUGCUGUAUUCGAAAAGAUCUCUGCAUGCUGCUCCUCCAGCUAAGAAUAUUCUAUCAUGGCUGAGAAGCAGGAAAGAUGGUAAAGAAAAAACUCCCGCCAAAGAUACCAAAGCUUUGAUCAAGGAGAUUGAAAGUGGGGAAACUGCUUUCUCAGCAUCUAAGCAAUCUGUGGUGACACUUGCUUUGGACGAAUCCGAUUUUAUUGGUGUAGAUGUGGAGGCUGAGAAUGAAAGGCGUUAUAAGGAGAUGGUCCAAUCAAGUAAAUUGAACAUAUGGCUACAACCCAAAAAAGUGGCGUCCGUUGAACAGCUAAAAGAACUUGUAAUUAGUUCGUUCAAUGAUGCGUCUAACGUCAAGGUUUCUUCCAUUGAUGACCCGCUACUUACUGAAAAUUUCACUGACUUGGUUUGCAAAUUCAAAUUCAUAAAACAGCUGCAGGCCAAGACAGGUUAUAUGAUCCCAGACGAGAAAAUAACCAGGCUUUUGAGCCCCGUAAGCUUUUUACAGUGGUAUGAUGCUGAAGUCCUCUCAGGAAAGCUUUUGGGCUACAAUGAAGCGGAACCAAAUGCUAUAGAUCUCUCUAAAAAGGAGUUUCCACCUAAUGUUUUCAUAACACCACUCAUUAAAAAGCGUGAGAUGAUGAACAAUAUGGACCAAAUCUUAAGUGAAGUGGAAGCUUUGGAGAAGGAGAAGGCUGUCUCAGCCAUUUCUAAUGCAAUCCGGUCGUAA